AUGACUUCUGUCGAGAGAAUGGACACCUCAGAGGUUGAAGUCCCAAACGAUCGUGAAAUCGAAAAAAUCACCGAGCAAGAUUUACAGCAAGACGAUGCGACUCCAAGAGAAGAUCAACCGGAAACCAGCUCGUCGAGAGCCAAAGCGCCCGUCGAGGAAGAGGUAGCUGAGCAAGUAGAACUUGCUGACUUAGAAGCGGAGGCCACCGAUUCGAUCGUUGACAAUGUACCGAAAACGCCACGGCGAGCUGGCCGCCCCAAGAAGUUGUCAUCCGCCUCGGCUACAGCCGUUGCAGAAACCGCUGUCACACCAGGAAAACGUGGAAGAAAACGUAAGGGUAGCGAGUCAGCUAACACCACCGUUAACUCCACUUUGAAUGAGCCAAAGACGCCAGGACGUAAACAAGCAAAGCUCGCAGUAGCUCUGCUCACCUACCAGCAAUUCGCGCCGUCUGUAAUCGGAGAUCGUGUAUUGUCAUGUGGAGAAGGAGAAGCGCUCGGACAUCCAGGACGUACCACAACCAAAAAGCCACGUAAAGUCGACAUCUUCGAAGAGGAAGGGCUGAAAAUGCUUCAAGUCGUUGCCGGUGGAGUUCACUCAGCUGUCCUCACUUCCGAAGGACAAGUCUUCAUGUGCGGUAUCAACGAGAAGGGCACCGUUCCAGCGGAAGGAGUUGAAAUGGAGGGAAGUACCGACGAAUUCACAAAGGUCCCAUUCUCAGACGAGAUUCAAGAGGAGGGAAAAAUCAUCAUGUUGGCUGCUGGCGCCUCUUUCACCGCCGGACUGACUGAUCAAGGAUCCGUGAUCGCUUGGGGAAAUCUUCGCAAUUCCAACGGAAACGUCGAUGUUCAUCCACUUCUCCACAAGAUGCAGGAGAAGCCUGUCGUCAUUGUUCAUCAGGCGAAACGCAAGAUUGUGAAAAUCGCCGCUGGAGAGAAUCACCUCGUGAUGCUCGACGAGAAGGGAUGCAUUCUCACUUUCGGAGAUGGUGAGAUGGGCCAACUCGGACGAAGUAGCCGUACUAAAACCAUCCGAUCUAAGUUCAUGUGCGACGAGUCAGGUGACCAUCUUGUCGUUCCAUUGAGAUUCAAGAACAAAGGAAAGUUCUACGAUGUUGUUGCGAAAAACGUCUUUGCCAGUGGAUUCUGGACUAUCGUUCAUGGAGAAGAUGGGAAGUACUACGCUUUCGGACUCAACAACUACGCACAGCUUGGAAUCAAAGUCGACGAGGCCGAUGUUGGACAAGACGGUCAGGAUAACCGCGAGCUUCGUGUCUUCCUCCCUGCUGAAGCACCGGCGUUCGGAGCCGAGCAGACAUUUGUCAACAUCGAAGGAGUUCAACACGUCGUGCUUCUCGAUAACGAAGGAAAGGUUUUCGCCAUGGGCAAGAACACCGACAACGCGCUUGGACUCGGAAACUGGACCGGAAAGGACGAUCAACAGCACUGGCUCUAUGACUCUCUUCAACAAGUCGAGUUCGACUCGAAGAUCGUCGGAGUGUCUGCCAAGUUGGCUACUUCUAUUGCUUGGUCCGAAGAUGGAACCGCAUAUGCAUGGGGAUUCGAUACCACCGGACAGUUGGGUCUUGGAUUGAAGGAUGACGACGAAAAGAUGGUUGGAAAGCCAGAAGAGAUCAGCUCCGCUCAUCUUGAAGACCAUUCCAUCAUCGGCGCUUCGAUUUCCGACCAACACACCCUGAUUCUCGCCAAGAAGAACUAA